AUGGUCCACGGAGUGUUAGAGGGUGGAGUUCUUAGGCGACCUAUGGCGACCAUCUCGACGGCGAUGGGGGUGACACUAUGCAUUGGUGCCGCUACCUUAUUAUUUGCUGUCGCUAUGGCCUGCUGGUUCUGCCGACGACGUCGCGAGCACACCAAGUUAAACUCAGACAAGCCCCUGGCGUUCAGACCUCCACAUCGGAAGCCGACGGCGGUUAAAAGCCCUGGCAGUACAAGUCAUUAUUUAAAGAAGAGCCCAUCGCCAACAGGACCUGCUAAAAGCCCGCCUGGUUCCGGUGGACAAACUCCCAGCCCGACAGGGUCACAAUCCUCAAAUCCAGCGUCUCAACCCAGAACACCACAAAGCGCAGGAACACCGGUACAAACGCCUGUCGAGGUCGCUAUGAGUAUAGAGAACGAGCGCGACAAGGCUGAGAUAGAGAAUAAUGAGAAGGUCGAGCAUGAAAAGUGCCAAACAGCUGAGAACGACAAGGAUAAUCUGGGCCAGCUUAUCUUUAAACUGAGAUAUCGAAACGAACAGAAUGCGCUCGCGGUAACCGUGGUGCAAUGCAAAGGAUUGCCAGCCAGAGGUCAGCAGAAUGCUACCAGUGAUCCUUACGUGAAACUGCAAUUGUUACCUGAUAAACAGCAUCAUGUGAAAACUAGAGUCCUCAGAAAUACCAGAGAUCCAGUGUACGAUGAAGAUUUCACAUUCUUUGGCAUAUCGCAGAGUCAGCUUCAGAAAAUUAGCUUACACUUUAUCGUGCUGAGUUUUGAUCGAUAUUCACGUGAUGAUAUCAUUGGAGAAUUGACUUGUGCUUUAUCAUCAGUGCCUGGUUUAGAGGAUGCGGAUAAUCAGGAAAUAUCUCUCUGUCGAAAAAUAUAUCCCAGGAGUUUAAAAAUACAGUCGCAAGGGAGAGGAGAAUUGCUGGUCUCUCUUUGUUGGCAACCUGUUACCAGUCGGCUGACGGUGGUAGUAUUAAAAGCACGAAAUCUACCCAAGAUGGAUGUCACUGGGCUCGCUGACCCGUAUGUGAAAAUCUAUCUUCUCUACAACCAACAACGUAUUGCAAAGAAGAAAACACACGUAAAGAAACGUACGCUCAGUCCGGUAUUUAACGAGUCCUUCGUCUUCGAUAUACCAAACGGAGCAGAUGGGCUCAACAAUGUCAGCCUUGAAUUCAUGUUACUGGACUGGGAUAGAGUAACGAAAAACGAGGUAAUCGGCCGGCUAGAGUUUGGAGGACCAAAAUGUCAAGGCUCCGCGGUAAACCAUUGGAAAGAGGUGUGCAGCUCACCGCGACGACAGAUAGCCGAUUGGCAUAAACUGCGGGAGUAAUCGAUCUCUGGCUCUACGUAUUAGCCCGAGUUCCUGUCUCCAAUUUCUUUGAAUUCCCAUAUCCUCCUCUACUCUGUGAAACCGAUUCGAUCUUUGAAGUCCUACGAGGUAGAGCAUUUUAUAAACCUAAUAAUCAAUGUAUAUUAGGCUUGAAACGAACGGUUUCACCCAUGAUUACUGUCAUCACAAAAAACGUCUUGAAUUUAUAAACGCGU